AUGGAAGCAGCUAAAGAGUAUAAAAUAGUUACUCUUGGAGAAGGAAGAGUUGGCAAAACUUCUCUCACAUUAAAAGCAGCUAGAAAUGUAUUUCACGAAGAUGAGCAGUCUACCGUCAAUGCCAACUUCCUCAUUAAAGAAAUCACAGUUCAAGGAGUUAGCAUCAAGCUUAAUCUUUGGGACACAGCAGGCCAAGAACGCUUCAGGGCUCUAGCUCCGAAUUAUUACCGAGGAGCAAAAGGAGCCGUUAUUGCAUACGACAUUACUGAUCGAUCAUCAUUUGAUAGAGUGGUUUCAUGGGUCAGAGAGCUUGGAAUGCAAGCUGAUAAGGACAUUUGUAUAGUUAUAGCUGGAAAUAAGUGUGACAGGGAAAGCGAAAGGCAAAUAUCGAGAGCUGAAGCGUUGGAAUAUGCCAAAAAGGUUGGUGUCACACAUUUUGAUACCAGUGCUAAAACAGGCAAAGGUGUAGAGGAAAUUUUCCAGGAAUUGGGAAGAUUAGUGUACGAAACGCAGCAAAAAUCUGCAGAAUCGAAUCAGAAUAAAAGAUAUACAUCGAGAUCAAAUAAAAAGGUAAAAAUACAGCAAAAUCAAACUAAUGAAAAGGAGAAAAAACAGUGCUGUGGGUAA